AUUGACACACUUGUCACACUUUUCGCUGCAUUUUGCAGUACAGCAGCAUUGAACAGCAAAACUGAUCAGCUGACGGAAGAUAUCAGUUUGCUGAUUAAACUUCGUUGCUUGUACAUGAUCGUAACCGUUGCUUAAGCGGAAAGUGGGUGAUUUGCAUUUGGCCAUGACAGAGCAUUUCUCACAUGUUCAGUGGAAGAGAAUUCGCGGGACGAUCGUUGGACGAUUUUCUACACACUGCUGCGAUUGUGAGAAAUGGCCCAGAUCGACGAGCCCGCAGAGAUCGGUGUGACCACCGCGUUUCUGCAUAACCCCCUAACUGGGGAUCCCUUCGAUAAGGGCUUUCCGGAGGCGGCGGUAGAGGAGGACGAGAAACCGCUCUUGGAGCCGGAUAAAGUGGACCCCACCAAACUGCCCACAUUCUAUGCCGCCGUGCGCUUGGUGCCGUUCGCUUUCUUCCUCUGCAUGGGCGCAGGGAUUUAUUCGCCGGUUUGGACCGAGUUGCUAAAGAAUCGGGUAUGCCUGAUUGGUCUGCAUAUUCCUGCGAAUGUGUGCGCGCACAUUACGGAUGACCAGUACAAAGAGCAGGGUGAUGCGGUGCGCAGUAUGACGGCCGAUUAUCAGCAGUACGAUACCCUUAUUGGCAGUCUGCCAGCCAUUUUUUUCAACAUUUUUGUUGGGGCAUGGAGCGAUCGCUUCGGGCGAAAACUGCCGAUGGUGGUGCCGAUGAUCGGGAUGACCUUAGCGGUGGCCUUCACCGCUGUGGUGGCAUAUUUUCCCAUGCAUCCGGCGUAUCUGCUGAUAGCCUCCAUUCUAAGUACUUUGACAGGCGGUUGGACGAUUAUCCUUAUGGCCAAAUUCAGCUACAUCGGCGAUCACACAACCAGCCAUACUCGCGCCAUGAACAUCGCCAUUAUUGACGGCUCCCUGAGUCUGUUUAUGAAUUCGGGCGGUCUUCUGGGCGGCGUGAUUUACACCCACUUGGGUCGCGUCACCCCCUUCUACAUCGCCACCGGCAUGUACGUGGCUUGCAUUCUGUACGUCCUCCUGGUCAUCCGCGACCAGCCCAUACAUACACGUGGCGAAAGACCUGGCCUCCUAUCGCUCUUCACCUUGCGCAACCUGCAGGACAACUACCGAAUGUUGCGUAAACCCCGGAUGGGCGACACCCGUCUCCACCUGUGGCUCGUGCUUUUAGCCCUGGCCAUCUACAGCAUUUGCGAAUCGGGUGACAGUCGGGUCAUGCAGCUGUACGUGGAAUUCCCGCCCUUCCACUGGUCACUGUACCAGUACACCGUUUUCUCCUGCGUUGCCGGUUUCGCCAGUUCCAGUUGCGUGAUCGUGUCCAUGUACCUUCUGCGGACAUACCUCCACGUUUCCGAUACAUUAGUAGCGUUUAUGGCGUGCUUUUCGGGAUUGUUGUCGUACUUUACCUACGGGAUCGCGUGGGCAAGCUGGAUGCUCUAUUUGGCCGUUGGCGUCGGUUUACUGCGUUUAUUAUUGUACGUUAGUAUCCGAUCGUUAAUGAGCGGAUUGGUGGAUUCGGAUGAGAUCGGGAAGAGCAUGUCGCUGAUCUCUUCGAUGCAGAGUAUCACGCCGGUGUUAGGCGCGCUGAUCUUUACCAAUAUGUUCGCCCGGACCAGUCACUGGUGGGCGGGGCUCUGCUAUGUGAUGGCGGCGUUUGCGCUGGUUCCGGUGUGGAGUAUGUUGGGCUAUGUGGAUGUGAUGCGGAGGCGGGCGGUGUACCGGGAGGAUUACAAGUAUCAGAGUAUCAAGCCGGAUGCGUCGAACAUGGAGCCAGCCACUGAAGACGGACUAGUCGCCGCGCUCGUCUACAAUCCCGUUCCUGGGGGUCCCUUUGAAAAACAUCCCAAAGAUAUCGAUGACGAUGAGCAGCCGUUGUUGAAUGAAGUUCGUGAGGGGAAAUGGGAUCCUUCCAAGUUAUCGACAUUUUACGCAUCGUACCGGAUGGUACCAAUGGCGUUGAUUAUGUGUAUGGGAUGGGGAAUAUCGACACCGGUGUGGAUCGAGCUGCUUAAAAACCGAGUGUGCUCGGUGGCAUUGCAGUUUCCAGCCAAUGUCUGCGCUCUCAUAACUGAAGAUGAAUUUAAAACUCAAGGCGACGCCGUGCGGAGUAUGACCGCCGAUUACCAGCAGUAUGACACGCUGAUCAGCAGUCUCCCGGCCAUCAUCUUUAACAUUUUCGUCGGUGCCUGGAGUGAUAAAGUCGGGCGGAAGUUACCAAUGAUCCUGCCGCUGAUCGGUGCAACACUGUCAGCAGGCUACACGGCAGCCGUUGCAGCAUUUCCCCAUUUGCAUCCAGGGUAUUUGCUGAUAGGGUCUAUUGUCACGACGAUAACCGGUGGUUGGACGAUUGUCAUCAUGGCCAUGUUCAGUUACAUCGGCGACCAUACAACCGAUCAUAGCCGGUCAAUGAAUAUUGCACUAUUGGACGGUUCGUACAGUUUAUUUACCAACAGCGCCAUUCUGAUUGGCGGAGUGCUUUUCAAGUACUACGGCGUAACCCUGCCCUUAUAUAUUUGUGCCGGUGUAUACUUGGCAACCAUUGUUUACGUUUGGGCUGUGAUCCGCGAUGUAAAGAUCAACUCCACCUCCAGCGGCCAAACUUUAGGCAUUUGCAGCCUGUUUUCGGUUCAAAACCUGAAAGACAACUUCCAGAUGAUGCGGCGAAAGCGGCUGGGUGGAACCCGGCUCCACAUUUGGCUAGUAUUUUUGUCAUUAGCCAUUUACGGCAUCUGCGACAGUGGUGACAGUCGGGUCAACCAGCUUUUCAUGGAAUUUGCCCCGUUUUACUGGAGUCUAUACGAAUACUCAAUAUUUUCCUGUGUUUCCGGGUUUGUCAGUUCUGUUUCGGUGAUGGUACUGAUGCUGGUGUUGAGGAAAUACCUGCAGGUGUCGGAUACACUGGUUUCGUUUAUCGCCUGUCUAUCCGCCAUAUUGGGAUACUUUACGUACGGUAUCGCCGUGACCACUUGGAUGUUGUAUUUGGGGGCGGGAUUAGGAUUAUUGCGGUUGUUGUUGUAUGUCAGCGUGCGAUCCAUGAUGAGCGGUCUGGUCGAUUCGGAUGAGAUUGGGAAGAGUAUGUCGUUAAUCUCGUCGAUGCAGAGUAUUAUACCGGUGGUGGGAGCGCUGAUCUUUACGAACAUGUUCGCCCGAACGAGUUCGUGGUGGUCGGGACUGUGCUAUGUGCUGGCGGCGUUUGUCCUGGUGCCGGUAUUGGCCAUGUUCGGCUACGUGGAUGUUGUGAGGAGGAGAGAUCUGUACCGAAAUGAAAAACAGUAAUUUUUAGCCAAUAUUUGGCUGACUUUAGUUUUACGUUAAUUGACAGAGAGCGUGUUGCAAAGAUUUAAUGCUAGCAACACCAUUUAUACCCCUACGUGUGGUUAAUGCCUUCACCUGAUUUAUCUGUGAUCUCUAAAUCCUAAUACGCUCUUCGAUAUCGCAAGGCUACCAUUAAGUAUUGUCAUGAAUUUUAAUCUGAAGUCAGAAUCCUUGAGAACAUAAGGUACAAACCGUACAUACUGUAAUCCUUGCAUAUGUGGUG